GCAACAUCCUCGUGGCGGUCUACGGCACCCUCUAAGACUCAGUCAGCUCUGAAAAGAGAUGCCGCUCAUCUCCGAUUUUCCUGCCCUUCCUGGGUUCUACCAGCUGCUGUUCUUGCAUAUCGAACCGACCUCUACUAUAAUGCCUGCGGUCAUGGCAUGGCUGUCGCCUGGAGCGGCAUGGUUCCACAAUCAACUCAUCCCAGACGGGACACCUGUUCCUGCCGCGCUUUCGGACGCAAGGACUACAAUGGCCAUCUGGCAGCUUGGCAAUUGCUACCUACUAUUGGGCAUGAUUUCUAGUUUCGUAUUCCGUGCCGUCCGGGAUGCACUCCCGGACAAUCCAGUCGCGCAAGAGCGCAUCAUGGGUGCAAGUUUCACCGCACUGGCGCUUGCAGAUGUGACGCACAUCAUUUGGUCGUGGGUCGGCCUCCCUGACGACCUCAAGUACGACUUGGCGCGCUGGAACUCGAUGACGCACGGCAACAUCACUUUCGUCAUCUUCCUCCUCGGCAUGAGAAUCGCAUGGUUCCUGGGCAUCGGCCGGACGCGGUACUACUUUGGCCAGCCGUCGUCGGCGUCGACGUCAGCGGUGAAGACCAAGGCAUCCUAACUACUCGCACAGUACAUGGUGGGUUGAGUGCUCCUGCUGCCACUUUCGAACGGUGGCGUUGGGAACAUCAAGCUACGGGCACCGUACCAUAUAAUACACACACGCUCCCCUGUACUUACGGCUUUCCCGCUCCACAUCCCAGGUGUCCCGUCAAUACCACGAUCUCCA